GUCAUAUAGAGAAAUGCAAAGGCGAUAGAGUUCACAUUUGUGAUAUUUGUAAUAAAGCCUUCAAUAGAGCAGACAGUUUAGAGGUUCACAUGGAAAUGCAUGAAAAUACAUCUCCAGUCUACCCAACACUGGAAAAUUUAGAUAACAUUGAUGACCAUUACAUAGAAAUUAGUCACGAAGAUUCUAGUACCUCUUUUGACUUUGAAUAUAUUGAUAAUUCGGAUAAUACUGAUAAUAUUGAGAGUGUUGAAUACAAUGCCUUUGAUACUUCUGUUGAGAUGGACUCGAAGAUCAAUAUUAUAACAGAAUUGAAUGAAGAAGUCAAACCUGAAUUAUCUACUGUAGAUGAAGAAGAUUCUCAAACUGAAGAAGAAAUUAAAAUCUUAUCGGAACCUUUCAUCGAUUUUAUAGACAAUCAGGAAAAUAGCGAUGGCGAUGAUUCAGAGUACGAACCUACAAAACAAGUGAAAAGGGGUAGAGGUAGGCCAAAGAAAAAUUCGAAUGCUUCACAGAAAACUGCUGGUCGGAGAGGAAGACGGUCUACAAAAAAAGCGAAGACAGUUGUUAAAGAUGAAGAAUUUGAAGACUAUGAUGGUGAAUUUACAUGUCCGAUAUGCAACGAAACGUUUACUUCGUUCAAACAGUACGAGAAACACACCCUUGAACAUGAAGGAGCAAAACUAUUUGAAUGUCAAACGUGCAAAAAGACUUUCUCGCGAUCAACACAUCUGAGACGACACGAAGUGACUCACACUGACGUGAAACCUUAUAUAUGUGAUAAGUGUCCGAAGACAUUUGUGAGAAAAGAUCAUCUUGCAAAGCAUUUGAAAAUACAUGAAAAUAGUCAAGAUAUUGAAUGCGAUGAUUGCAAUAAGUUUUUCGCUUCUGAAGAACAAAUUGCCAAACAUAGAGCUGCUAAGCAUGGAGGUGAACGUGUGAUGAACGAGAAAAAAUAUAAAUGUUCCGUUUGCGAUAAAGGUUUUACCACUGAAAAGUACAGGGAUGUACACAUGAAAAUUCAUAAUGGAAAGAAGAUCUAUCAAUGUAAAAUUUGCGACAAAACCUUUUUAUCCAAAUCCCAUUUAACAGAGCACAUGAAAUUCCAUAAUGAGAAUUCAAAAAAAUUCCUGUGCUCGGAAUGCGGACAAAGGUUUAUAAGAAAUGAUUAUUUGGUUAUACAUAUGAGGAGGCACAGGGGAGAAAAGCCUUUCAAAUGCAAAUACUGUGGAAAAGGUUUUCCGAGAACUACAGAUCUUACAGUGCAUGAGAGAUACCAUACAGGGCUUAUAAUCUUACGGUUCAUAUGAGAACCCACACUGGCGAAAAACCAUAUCAGUGCACUUAUUGUGAUGCUGCUUUUGCACAGGGCAAUGACUUGAAAGCCCACGUACGACGACA